UCAUUCGUAAACUAGGCCGAAAACGACGAACUGUUUCGUGAUUAUUUUUAAUAAGUUAGAAUAUGUGCUAAAUUUUGUUGUGUAAACUGGCCUCUAUUGCUUACUACUGUAUGGGAAUGGAAGAAGGAUGACAAAUUAACAAGAGUCGUUGGGAGGUGUGGUCUGUCCACUGAGGAUUGUGCUCCCACAAGGCAAGAUGCAACAGAAACGAAACAUUCGCAUCAUUGAAUGGGAGGACCUAGACAAGAGGAAGUUCUACUCUCUGGGGGUUUUCAUGACGAUGACCACCCGUGCUGCUGUCUAUCCUUUCACUUUAAUCCGUACUCGGCUGCAGGUACAGAAAGGCAGGUCUCUGUACAACGGUACAUUUGAUGCCUUCUGCAAGAUUCUCAAAGCCGAGGGGGUUCGUGGCCUCUAUAGAGGCUUCAUGGUGAACACCUUCACGCUUAUUUCAGGUCAGGCUUACAUCACAACCUAUGAGCUGGUUAGAAAGUAUGUUUCCUACCACACCUCCAACAACACGCUCAAGUCACUGGUGGCAGGAGGGUCAGCGUCGCUCGUGGCCCAGAGCAUCACGGUGCCCAUUGAUGUCGUUUCCCAACAGCUCAUGAUGCAAGGUCAGGGUGAGCACCUCACCCGAUUUAAGGUCAAGCCCAAGAUGAUGAUGGCGGCGGCCAAGCAGAAAGUGACUUUUGGUCAGACGAAGGACAUAAUCAUGCAGAUUUUUGUGGCAGAUGGCCUUCGGGGCUUCUACAGGGGUUACGUGGCCUCCCUCCUCACGUACAUCCCAAACAGUGCUGUCUGGUGGCCUUUUUAUCACUUUUAUGCAGAGCAGCUGUCCAAGCUUGCACCAAGUAACUGUCCUCACCUGGUGCUGCAGGCCUUGGCUGGGCCAAUGGCUGCUGCCACUGCCUCCACAAUCACCAACCCCAUGGAUGUGAUCAGGGCCAGAGUUCAGGUGGAAGGCAGAUCCUCUGUCAUCGAGACAUUCAAACAGCUCAUGGCAGAGGAGGGUGCCUGGGGUCUUACCAAGGGCCUGUCAGCCCGCAUCAUCUCCUCCACCCCAACAGCCAUCGUUAUUGUGGUGGGUUACGAGACCCUGAAGAGGCUGAGCCUCAGGCCUGAGCUCGUGGAUUCCAGACACUGGUAAAGAGCUGAAUGGAAGAAGGGCACAAACUUGAACUAUACACCCAGUUCGGGCCUCCUGUACCUC